AUUCAGGGCUGCUCAUUCUUGGUGUCAAGAACUCAGGAAUUCUUGCAGUAUUUUUUAAAUGUUGCUGCUUCUGUUUUUUUUGAGCUGUCUCAUCUCUAGUAGUUUGAGAGCUAAGCAACAUGGAAAUGUCAAAUUUCCUGGAGAAUGGGAAUAUUCCCAAGGAAGCAAACAAUUCACGAUGCAAUUGGAUGAACCUUUGCACUUUGGCAGCUCUGGUUCUUUUAAUACUGGUUGUGGUUCCACUUUUGAUAGCCAGCUCUCUGUGCCUUCAUAGCCAGUCUCCGAAGAUCUGUUGGGCUCAUGCAACUUUACCUUCAGAAGAUCAUGAUGGUCACAUCAUAUGGAAGUGGAACUUGACAGACUGCAGUAGCUUCAUAAGGAAUGGCUCUGACCAAAAGCUGGAGAUCCUGCAGAGUGGCAUGUACUUCAUCUAUGCCCAGGUGACCCGCAUAAAGACAAUAGAAGGUUAUUUUACGAUGAUGCUGUACAGAGAUCAGAAUAUUCUCCUCAACCAGAUAACUGGGACAAAUUCUGGGGAGGACACUGCCUCCAUCAAUUUCGGGAGACCUUAUUUUCUGAGCAAGGGGGAGAAACUGUUCUGUAGGGUCAAUAAUGGGCUUGGACACAUCUCAACAGAAAAUCAGACUUACUGGGGGCUGUACAAAAUGUAACAGACUUCUACUCGGAGUCAGCUUCCCUCACCCUCCAAAGAACAUUAGGAAUCUAACCUCUGAAUCUGAAAUGUUUGCAAUUUCUCUGCAUCAAACUCAAGACGUGUUUUGGGCUUUCUCAUCUUCCUGUUGAAGUGAUUCAGGGUACACGCUCAACAAGACGUGAAUGUGCGACUCCAGUAAUGACAUCAGAUUGUCACAAGUUAUGGGAGGAAGACACUUUUAGAACAACAGUGUGAACAAAGAAAAGUAAUACCUUGAUGUGUUAGAAAUGUUAGUUCUAAAAUCCCAGGCAAAUAAGUCACUAUGUUCUGCCUAUUCUGCACUGGUAAACAGUUUCACUCCUUGGCUGGCUGCCUUUCCAUGCAGGGUGAAAGUGAUUAUCGUUUGUAUAUUUUGUGAAGUGCCUUGGGGAUCUGUGGAUAUGAAAGAUGCUAUGUCAAUGUAAUGUAUUAUACACAUACUGUACAUAACCUGGACAAAAAAUGGCCUGUCUGGGAUUGAGGGACCAACAUGUUUAAAGGCAAAUGGAAUAGAGGGACAAUUCCUAGCUCCCAUCCAGGGCUUCAGUGGAACAUCCUCUCCUUUCUGUCCCCUUUUCUCCUCACAUACGUACCUAAUUUUAAUAAGGGAAAAUGCAUUUCCCCUCAGUGCAAAUCCAGCCCCAUCAUCCCUGGGGAUUAACACCGUUUAGGAGUUUUGCAUUCAGAAUGAAUGCAAACUAUAUUUUCUCUUUGAACCAUUGAGUCCAAUGCUGGAGUAUUGAAGGUGUCUAUAUUAAGAUUCAGGGUUCCAUUGACCCUCAACAUUUUCUAUCAGACAGUGCUGUAACAUGGAACUUAAUAGUGCAGAUAAAGUCACACAGAGCAGCAUCUGGACUGGACAGGGACCAGGCUUCAAAUUCUCUUAUUGUCUAUAGCUGCGUUGUGCAGUAUAAGCAGAUGUAACAUUUGUCAUUGAAAGGAAGUGGAGUACCCAUAUCUCUAUUGAUGAGAGGACACACCUGUAGAACUAAAGGAAGAGAAGGAGUGUGAUCUACUGGGGAGAGCUGAGGAUUGAGAUAGUAGAGGAGCAUAGGCUACAGCUCAACAAAGUCACUGUGUGACUUUGGGUAAGGCACUGUGGUUGUGCCUUAGCUUCUCCUCACUAAGUCAGGUAUAACAAUAUCUUUACCUACCUCACAGAGAUGUUGUGAGGCUGAAUAAACGGACAUUGUAAAGUUCUUGGAGAUCCUCCGAUUCCCUGUUCUAUCACUGUGGUUGGUCACACAGUCGGGUUUUUUGUUCCUUGAUUAGCUGUCCUAGGGCAAGCUCCUCUGAUGGGUAUAUGCUUGUUUUCACAGAAAUAGCCAUAUUUGCAUCAAUAAAGCCUCCCCAAUCAUUCUUUGAAACAAAUUACAGCUUCAUGGAUUUUCACAGACAAACAAAUGAAUACAAGCACUAUUGGACUGAAUCAUGAUUUAGGGUUAGUUUGAUGCAAUGUGGUUGUUAUGAUUUUAUUUUCAGUGUAUUCCAACAUUAAAUAUUAUGGAGCCUGCUUUACAGAAGUGGCUGCCAUUUUGUGUUCAUUUCAGUGCAGACCAUUAAAGAGGAGACACAAACAUAUAUACACAGUUCUCUCUCAUGGAGACUUUACCUUCAUUCUUUCUUGUUUAGUUAAUUAUCCUUAAUCUAGAAUAAAAUUUUUCAGAAUAAAA